GAGUGUGUGUGCAGGUCUUCCAACUCCUCUACAUACUCAAGAUACAAAGCUACAGCCAUGAACUCCAUCACACAUCAACAGAACAACUGCCCAGCACUCAAGAAAUCCAAGUCUCGGCAGAAAAUCAACCACUUCACAGACGUGCAGGGGCUGCCGUGCAUUGAGAAGAUCGUGAGCUCGGUUGCGGACACCCCUGAUCCCAUCAACACCGACAUCAUCGGCAAAAUCCCAGAAUGGAUCAAUGGGAGCUUCCUGAGAAAUGGGCCUGGGAAGUUCGAGAUCGGAAACCAGAAGUUCAACCACUGGUUUGAUGGUAUGGCUCUACUGCACCAGUUCAAAAUAUCUCACGGUCAGGUGACUUACAAAAGCCGCUUCCUGUCCAGUGACAGUUACCAAGCCAACAAGGAGUGCAACCGCAUUGUAGUGUCUGAGUUUGGGACGGUCACCAUGCCGGACCCCUGCAAAAACUUCUUCCAACGCUUCCUGUCAAGAUUUGAGUUGCCAAAGCCCUCAGAUAAUGCCAAUGUGAGCUUUGUGACCUACAAAGGAGAUUAUUAUGUCAGCACGGAAACCAAUAUCAUGCACAGGGUGGAUCCUGAGACACUACAGACAACCAAAAAGGUGAACUGGAGCAAAUUCAUUGCUGUGAAUGGAGCGACAGCCCACCCUCACACUGAGCCCGAUGGGACAACAUACAACAUGGGGAAUUCGUACUCCGCUAAAGGAGCGCACUACAACAUCAUCCGGGUGCCUCCAACUAAAGAAACAGAAGAUGAAACCCUGGAGGGAGCCACAGUGCUGUGCACUAUUGCCCCUGUUGACAAGAGUAAACCCUCCUACUACCACAGCUUUGCAAUGUCUGAGAACUACGUGGUGUUCAUUGAGCAGCCCAUCAAGAUGGACCUGUUAACGAUUGUAACAGGCAAGCUGAGAGGAAAGAGCAUCAGUGAUGGCGUGUACUGGGACCCAUCUCUCAACACAGUUUUCCACUUGAUUGACAAGAAGACAGGGAAGGUGAGCUCUGUCAAGUAUCUUGCCAAGCCGUUGUCAACCUUCCACCAGAUCAACGCAUACGAGGAGGACGGCUUCUUGAUCGUCGAUAUGUGUGCUUCAGAUGAUGGAGAGGCAAUCUCUAAUUACAACAUCCAGAAUCUACGAAAGUCUGGAGAAGCUCUUGAUGAGGUGUAUAACACCUUAUGUAGAUCGUUCCCACGGCGUUUCGUGCUGCCUCUCAAUGUCGACCAUGAUACACCCUAUCACCAGAACUUGAACCGGCCCAACACUACAGCCACUUCUAUAAGAACUAACAAGAAAAAGGUGUUCUGUACCCAUGAGGACCUGCACGGGGACGAUCUUGACCAAUAUGGUGGUAUGGAGUUCCCACAGAUCAACUACGGCAAGUACAACACUCAGCCCUACCGCUACUUCUAUGGCUGCGGCUUCAGACACCUAGUAGGAGACUCACUAAUCAAGAUGGACCUCCACGGAAAACACAUGAAGGUGUGGGAACAACCUGGUCUUUAUCCAUCUGAGCCAAUCUUCGUACCCUCCCCUGAUGCCACGGAGGAGGAUGACGGUGUCAUCUUGUCUGUUGUCAUCACCCCGAACAAGGAGAAUAGCACAUUCCUCCUGGUUUUGGAUGCCAGGACAUUUGAGGAGCUGGGCCGAGCUGGGGUGCCUGUCAACAUUCCCUAUGGUUUCCAUGGAACAUUCAAUGCCACAUCAUAGACAUGUGGGGAGGAAAUAAACGCUAAAUGCUCUUCCAAGCUCACAUGAAUAGAAUUGAUGGCAAUUGAUUGUAUACAAUGUAAAUAUUGUCCUUUAAUGCUUCGUUUAUAUCUUUGUACAUGCAAAUUUACGCAUGUAUGGAUGCAGUUUCCUUGUGUUGUUAUCAAAAAUGAAAAGCUAUAACAGCAAUUAUAUGAAGCUGUUCUAUUUAUGUUGCACCAUGUCACAUUUACUUUCACAUUUACCGUUUUGGCUAAUGCUUUCAUGCAGAGCGACUUCCAAAAGAGGGACAACAGUAGUGCUUCACAACGGUAAAACCUUAUUGCAAGCACUAACUUCAAAUGCUGCUCAUUAGACAAGCUUAGACAAGCAUUAGUGACAUUGGCAGCCGUGGGUAUCCAGUGGAGAUCGAUGAGCAGUGGAGUGACAUGUGCCCUAUUAGGCUGAUUGAAGACCUGACACGCCACAGGAUUCUGGACCAUCUGUGCGAGUUUCACUGUGCAAGACGUGAGUCACACCAGAAGGGUACUGCAGUAGUUGAGGUGAGAGAUAACCAUGGCCUGUGCAAAAAGCUGGGUGGUAUACUGAGUCAAGGACUGAGCUGCAGCUCUAGCUGCCCUGUGGAAGUCUAUCACAGAUAGUAGAGCCAUCUCAGUGGAGUAACCACUCUGACAUCCUUGAUUUGGAUCAAAGUUAGAGAAAUUCUGAGACCAGUUUGAAAAGUAUCCUUUCAAUAGCCUUAACAAGAAUGGAAGAAACAAGAGUGAUCAAUAGUUUGGUUGACCCUGCCCAAGUUGAACUCGAAAGAGGUGCAUUGGUUUGGAGGCAACAGUUGAACAGAUAUCAAUUUGAUGGAUAUUAAGAGGCAAGUUCCAAGUUCUGGGCAGAACAGACAUGAGUUAUGGGAGAAUGUGUAGCAGCGUUUUCAGUUUUGAUCUGUUCUUGACUUUACCUUGGGUCAGAAGAUGAUAUUGCUCAUUCUAUAUCACACAAUAGCAGCACAAAAGCUUGUUGUCCUGCUGCCCUAACAACAACUGUCUGAAACUUGCAGUGAUAAUGCAUAAUUCAUGUUUAGCACAGAGCACAUAGGAAUAUCAAUAAGUAACACUUACCUUACCACUGCAGCCUUCACACUGCUCAUAGGCCUGUCUUGAUCUUUAGG